CCUGAACAAAUAUCUUCUCCAUAAGCCUGGGACUAUCCGUCCUUUUCAGUGCGCCAUCUGCUUCUAUCGUACCAAUCUGAUGGGCCUGUGGACCAACCAUUUGCUGAAAAACCACCUUGAUACCAUCAUAGAAACCUGUGACCACAAAGAAGAGACCAGUGUGACUCAUAGUGCAGACAAGGAUGCUCCACAUUUAGGCCACCAAGUCAUUAGUGUGGGCAAAACUAAUGAAGGGCGUAACAAAGACUGGUACCUGGAGCCCCCAGAGGUGCGACGCCAGCUUAGCCACCUGAGUCUAAUGGCUCAGAACGGAGCUAGUACCAUGCCGGCCACCAGGCAGAAUGGCAGCAGUGGCCUGUUCUGCUGCGAGAACUGCUCCUUCUUUUCCAAGGACCUGCCCAGCAUGCGGCGACACUACAUCAGUAGACAUGGCAGGAAGAUGUUGGCGUGCAAGGACUGCGACUUCUUCACCGGCUUAAAGUCAGUCUGCAUGUUGUUUGUUAACCGCUACUUAAUUUAA